AUGUCGAAUUUAGGUCUCAGGCGGUCUUUGCUUUCGACUACAACCAUACGACAUCGUCUUUACAUUCAUGAGCGUAGAUACCUCUCCCAGACUGUUGAUUCUACCCGGCCUGGUACUCAUUCGAUUGUGUCUGGCCCCCUGGAUCCGCCUCUGUCAGAGCUCACUAUGCCGGAUUUUUAUCGAACUCAGAUCUUGCCUAAUCAUGCCUCCAGGCCAGCACUUAUCAGCCGACACGAGAACAACGUUAGAUGGAAUUUUGCCGAGUUCGACGUCCGGAUUGAACGAAUGGCUCGCGGUUUGCUGGUUGCUGGUGUGAAGCCCGGAGAUCGAGUCGCGGCGAUAAUGGGGAACUGCAGCGCAUAUGCGGUAUUACAGUGGGCAUGUGCCAGGAUCGGAGCGAUUUUAGUUACGGUGAAUCCAGCAUACAAGGUUCAUGAAAUCGUCGCUGCUCUCAAUACGGUCACGGCUUCCACGUUGAUUCUUACUCCCACUGUACGCAAGUCGUCACUCCUCCAAGCUAUCUUCGAUGAGCUUCCAACGCUGGCUUCUACCCCUGCUGGAGAAGAAAUAAACGACCCGGGGCUUCCAAGUCUCCGUAGGAUCUUUGUAGUCGACAACACCGGAGACCAGACGCUUUUCAAGAAGGAGCUGAACCGGGGGCCUUGUGUCGUUGAUUUAGCGGAAAUUGCGAGUACCCAAUAUGGUGCUGAACCUCAACAUGAAGCUGAGAAAAUUCUUGAUCGGGCAUUGGAUCGACAUGACGUGAUCAAUCUCCAAUUCACGAGCGGUACCACCGGUCUCCCCAAAGCUGUCUCGUCAUUCAGCCCCAAGGAUAUUGUCCAGGCUGUAUCUCAUGAGCGCUGCACAGCUAUUCAUGGGGUGCCUACCCAUUUCAUCGGGGUAUUGGAUGAGCUAGAUCGUGUAGGUUCAGGGGUAGAUAUGAGUAGCCUAAGAACUGGCAUAGCGUCCGGCUCAGCUGUCCCUAUCGAUUUGAUGCAAAAACUGAUCGGGAGACUAAAUUUGUAUGACCUUACGAUAUCGUAUGGGAUGACCGAAACGAGUCCAGUAUCUUUCCAGAACACUCCGGAUGAUCCAUUGGAGAUGCGCAUUGAGAGUGUUGGGAAAGUUCAACCUCAUGUCCGUGCAAAGGUCAUUGAUGAGCAUGGGGCCAUUGUUCCUGUUGAUGCCACCAUUUCACCAAUAGGAACACCAGGCGAACUAUGCACCAGUGGCUAUUUGUUGCAAAAGGGGUAUUGGGGGAACAAAGAGCAAACCUCGGCUGUCAUGAAAUGCGACGAAGAUGGCAUCAUGUGGAUGCAUACAGGGGAUCAAGCCGUCCUCGAUCGUGAGGGGUACUUAAAAAUCACUGGUAGAAUCAAGGACUUGAUUAUCCGAGGCGGCGAGAAUCUUUCACCUAUACGAAUCGAGGAUUGUCUCACAUCACACCCAGAGAUUGUGGAAGCAGCUGUUAUAGCCGUUCCAGAUGAACGAUUUGGCGAAGUCGUCGGGGCAUGGAUUCUACUCCGGCCAGACGCUAAAUCAUUUACCCGUCGAGAGGCAGUAGAUUGGGUAAAAUCUAAAAUGAAUCCACAAAAUGCUCCAUCCCGGGUCUGGCUACUGGGGGAGGCAGGAGCACCGGCUGAAUUGCCCAAGACAGCCAGCGGAAAAGUCAUGAAGAACGUUUUACGAGAUUGGGCAAAGGAAAUGAUACCAGCUGGGGACAUUUCGUUGGGGCGUUAG